AUGGUUCGUCGAGAGGCUCAACGCCAGAUUACUAUGCUUGGAUUCGGCACCAAGAUUGGGGAACCUACUGUUGUGUUUGCUUCCAAAAACAUUGCUUUGGUUUCUCAGCGUACAGGGUUUGGCUCUUCUGAUGUUCCGCCUCGUCGUCUGACUUCUGCAGUAAAAGACAAACUGAAGUGUGAUCACUGUGGUGAAAAGAGACAUACUAUAUACACCUGUUGGGCAUUACAUGGCGUACCAGAUUGGGAGAAGGAGCAGAGGCGUUUAAAAAAGGAACAACUGGACAGCAAAGCUCAUGUGGCUGUUGCCCCCAAUUCUGUGGCUGACAUCACCACUAGGCACGACCACCUUACUGCUACUCCUCCACCGACUUUGACCGCCAUCUCAAGCACUCCAACACUUCCGCCUUCGGGAGCUACUGACCAUAUGACAUAUAAUUCUGCUUUAUUCUCUACUACUCUUCCGCCUCAUCGUGAUCAUGUUCUGACUGCUAAUAAUGAUGUUGCUCUUGUCACGGGGGCUGGUUCUAUACUCUUGACACCUGUUUUACCAUUGGACAAAGUGUUACUGGAUAUCCAGACUCGGGAGAUCUUUGGUCGUGGUACUAAAAAAGAUGGGCUUUAUUAUGCGGAUGAUGUGGCAACUAGUCGGGUUCUUUGUGCUGGUAGCGCCGAAACUUCUCAACAUCGCCGGAUUUGGUUGCUACGUUACCAAUUUGGUCAUGCCUCAUUUGGAUAUUUACGGCUUUUGUUUCCUGCAUUAUUUAGUGGUGUCAAUGAGUCUGAUUUCCAAUGUCAGACUUGUAUUUUAGCUAAGAGUCAUCGGGUAUCCUACCCUCCAAGUUGUAAUAAACGGCUUAUGCCAUUUGGUUUAGUUCAUUCUGAUGUUUGGGGACCUUCCCCAGUUUCUACAACCUUGGGAGUUCAUUGGUUUGUGUUAUUUGUGGAUGAUUGCACUCGUAUGAUGUGGUUAUAUGGGAUGAAAAAUAAAAGUGAUGUGGUCGAAAUUUUUCAGCGUUUCAAUCAUAUUAUUCAGACUCAAUUUAUGCUCCCUAUCAAGAUUUUUCAAUCUGAUAAUGGUGGAGAAUUUGUUAAUUCGGCGUUAUCCCAUUUUUUUCACACUAACGGAGUACUCCAUGAGACUACUUGCCCUCAAACACCACAACAGAAUGGGGUUGCUGAACGUAAAAAUGGGCAAAUCCUUACUACUGCCCUUGCUCUGCUACUUGGUGCGUCAGUUCCAAAGCGGUUCUGGAUGGAUGCUGUUACCUAUGCAGUCUAUCUCUUGAAUCGUCUACCUUCACGAGUUUUGGAUUUUCAAACUCCUAUGCAAAAAGGUUACCGAUGCUAUCAUCCUGCAACCCGAUGUCUAUAUGUCUUUAUGGAUGUUACCUUUGUUGAGGAUGAAAUGUUCUUCUCUGAUACACCCGAGCAUGUUCUUCAAGGAAAAACUAGUAGUGAAGGACAUAGCUGGCUAGAUUUACAAAGGGGAGAAGUAUUGGAUAGUUUGAUACAAAGGAAAGAACUGAUUGAACCUGCUGAACCUGCUACACCAGCAGAACUUGCUACACUAGCUGAACCUGCUAUUUUAACUGAUGUCACUACUAUCACUGAAUCGAUUGCCCCUCAUGAAGCUUCUCUAAUAGGACCCGAUCAAGCUCCCCUGGAUAUUCCUAAGGUAAGUGCUUCUACUCAUACUUCUGAUAAUUCUUAUGUUUUACCGCCUAGACGGAACCGUGGGGUUCCACCUGAUCGUUACUCACCAAAAGGCAAAGCGAGAUAUGCUAUUGCCCAGUAUGUGUCUGAUCACAGGUUAUCUCCUGAGUGCAAAGCGUUUGUGACCAGAAUGGAUAAUAUUAAAAUUCCAACCCGUGUUGAGGAGGCAUUUAAUGAUCCAAAAUGGGUGUUUACAGUUAAAUAUAAUGUAGAUGGUACUGUGGAGAGGUACAAGGCAAGAUUAGUAGCUAAAAGGUUCACUCAGACAUAUGGAGUUGAUUAUCAUGAUACUUUUGCACAUGUGGCUAAGAUGAAUACUGUCAGAGUUUUGUUGUCCUUAACAGUAAACUUGGAUUGGACCCUUGGGCAAUUUGACGUAAAAAAUGCAUUCUUACAUGGUGAACUAGAAGAAGAAGAAGUGUACAUGAGUUUUCCACCAGGAUAUAGGGUUAUCGGUGAAACGGGGAACGUGUGCAAAUUGAAAAAGGCGUUGUAUGGGUUAAAGCAGUCUCCUCAAGCAUGGUUUGGCAGAUUUACCAUAGCUAUGAAGAAGUUUGGUUAUCGACAGGCUAAUACUGAUCAUACUCUAUUCAUUAAACAUAGGGCUGGUAAGGUGACUUCGUUGAUUAUUUAUGUUGAUGAUAUGAUUGUGACUGGAGUUGAAGUCACUCGAUCUAAACAUGGCUUAUUUCUUUCACAAAGGAAGUAUGUCAUGGACCUGCUAGUAGAUACUGGAAUGCUUGACUGUAAACCAACUGAUACACCUAUUGUUGAGAAUCAUAAACUUGGUGUUUAUGUGGAUCAGGUCUCAACUAACAGAGAAAGAUAUCAAAGGUUAGUUGGGAGAUUGAUUGAUUUAUCAUUGACACGCCCUGAUAUUGCCUAUGCUGUAAGCGUUGCUAGCCAAUUUAUUCAUUCACCUAGUAAGGAUCAUAUGGCUGCUAUGAUGCGUAUUCUGAGUUAUUUAAAGUCGGCUCCUGGGAGAGGUUUAUUAUUUAAGAAAAAUGGUCACUUGGAUCUGGAAGGUUACACUGACACAAAUUAUGCCGGGAAUAUUACAGAUAGACGUUCUACAUCAAAGUAA